AUGUCCAACAGCAAUACCUCAGCCCCUCCAACGGCGGGGGGAAGCUCGCCCAACCCCAGUCGCGAGAGGCCAGGGACCUACCAGGGCAGCCCGCAUCCAGUUUCGCCAUUUCCGGAGACUCAGAUUGGCCCUCAGGGCCCCAGCAAUAAGCAUGGCAAGAAGCGGCGGCAUCGAGGCCACAAGAAGCGACGUCCUCGCCGGCCUUCAUUCGCUCCGGCGACCGUUGAAACUCCGCAUGCAGAUUCCCCUGAUCGAGCGGUAGACAGAAUACCUGAAGAGGGCGAAAGUAACGCCCCAAAAUCGCCGGAAGCUGCACGUCGGGCAUCAUUCUACCGGCUGGGCCAGAUAGGCGGGAUUAACUCUAGUGAGACCAGCUUGGAUAGUGAAGCAUUGCUGGAUCACAGAAAUCAACCGAUGCUGCGUCCCCGCCAUGAUAGUAGACUAGCCCAGAGCUUCCGACCCGAUUAUCCUCCUCAAUCGUCAUUCGCUUCGGCGGAAAAUCGCCCUCGUCCUACUACGACACUUCGAACGGCUAUCAAGUCGUCAGAAGAGAGUGAAGGUGAAUCAGACGAAGCAGAUGACCGGACUCCUCUUAUCAGGCCCAACUCUUUGCACAAUACAAACUUUGUCCGGUAUGGAGCAGACAAUCGAGACAACCCACGAUAUUCGAGGCGAUCUUCUGGUCGUAGCAUUCGCUCAGAACCUCACUCUAUCGGUGAGGAAUAUGAAUUUAGGAAAAACUACGACGUCAAUAACCCCCCUUCUGUACCCGGAAGCCCAAAAGUUGGUCCAGAGUUUGGGUAUGACGAUUCACUCAUCACUGGAAGAGAUUUUGGCCGUUCAAAAUCCCCGGAAACUAGAAGCACGUCUGCCGUACCGCGCGAUGUGAUCAUUGAUAUGGAUGGUGCUGGCAAGAGCUUAAGCGUCGUCGAACUGUUACUCUUCCCGUCGAAGACGACGUAUGCUUUCCCCACAGGUGCAUUGUCUGAUCUCGGCGAAGAGGAGUUUACUGCGCACCCACCGAUAGAAGGCUAUUCGGCGGAACCUCGACGGCGCAGGAGGAGGGUUUGGCCUGACCUUUCAGUCUUGGAGGAGUGGAGCCGGGAAGAGAAGGAAGAACGAACGGAGGGCAUUCGGACGAAAAAGAUCAGUGAGCCUGUUCUUGUCGGUGGCAGACUACGCAUUCGAAAUACCCCCUGGAGACGCGAGGAAGACGAAGCGCCGUAUAGAUUCACGUAUUUCAACGAAGAGUUUCAGAGCACUAUUCAUAGCCAAACUAUUUCUGAGCUUGCACAAUCCGGUCAGACUUUUAAGGAUCUGUUCAUCCCCGAUCCUCCAGAGUUGGAAUCAGAUGAAGAAGAGGAGGAAGAUGAGUUUCCGCUAUUCGCCUUGAAUGGAACUAGAACAAAUUCUUCGUCGAUGCCCGGCUAUAAUAGCAGAAGCGACCAAGAUAGCGCUGUGGCUGGUUCCCGAGAAGUCAGCCCCAAUCACAGGCCCCAAUCUCCCUCGGGGAAGAAGGAGAAACGGUAUGGGCCUCGCCCAACGUUUUGGCUGGAUGUUCUGAGUCCCACUGAUGCUGAAAUGCGUACCAUUGCCAAAGCGUUUGGCAUACAUGCCUUGACAGCAGAAGACAUAAUGAUGCAGGAAGCCCGUGAGAAAGUGGAACUUUUUCGUCACUAUUACUUCAUUAACUACCGGACCUUUGAGCAGGACAUCAACAGUGAAGAUUUCCUCGAGCCUGUGAAUAUGUAUGUCAUCGUAUUCCGGGAAGGCCUGCUGAGUUUCCAUUUUUCGCAAACGCCUCAUCCUGCCAAUGUACGACGGAGGAUACGACAGCUCAAGGACUAUCUAAUUCUCAAUUCUGACUGGAUCUCUUAUGCUAUCAUUGACGAUAUUACUGAUGUCUUUGGUCCCCUGAUCCAUUCUAUUGAGGACGAAGUUGACGAUAUUGACGAUACAAUUCUACGGAUGCAUUCCGACUCAAAGGAGUUUAGUGACACAUCUCCCUCGGACGCGGCUAUUUCGGGGUCUGACAUGCUUCGUCGUGUUGGUGAAUGUCGCAAAAAGGUAAUGGGUCUGUAUCGGCUUCUAGGCAAUAAAGCAGAUGUAAUCAAAGGCUUUGCCAAACGCUGCAACGAGCAAUGGCAAGUUGCCCCAAAGUCGGAAAUCGGUCUAUAUCUUGGUGACAUUCAGGACCAUAUCCUAACAAUGACGGGGAAUUUGACCCACUAUGAGACCUUACUCUCACGAGCGCACUCGAACUAUCUGGCUCAGAUAAAUAUCCGUAUGAACGAACGACAGGAACAGACUGCUGACGUACUUGGCAAACUCACUGUUUUGGGAACCAUUGUCCUCCCUAUGAACAUCAUCUGUGGCAUGUGGGGAAUGAACGUCAAGGUUCCGGGUCAGGAUAUUGAUAAUCUCAAUUGGUUUAUGAGCAUUUCUGCUGGCCUUGUGGUCUUUGCCGUUGUUUGCUUCUACGUCGCCAAGCGAGUAUACAGGAUUGUGUGA